AUGUCAAAUGAUGAUGAUGAUGACUCUACAGAGGCAUUGAUAACAGAAGAUAUGCUAUCAAGUUCAACUAGGUCGUUAUUGAAUGAGCCCGUUGAAAAUUUAUUAGAAAGGGUUCACAUCACAGAUCUCUCAGUUGAGGAACUCGAUGACUCGGGCCCAGAAUCUAUAGAAACAGAGAUAAUUAGAUUAUACAACUCGGAUUCCAAGAAGAAAAUCCCAUCUGAAGAUCUAGAAUUAACAGCUCUUUUGAUUCCUAAUUCUCUAAACCAAAAUAUUAAGUAUAACCCAGAGCUGAAAUUACUAUACGACAAAAUCCAAGUUAUGUUAAUAAGAAACUCAAUGUCGUCAGAUUUUUUAAAAGUUUUCAAAAGAUAUGUCGGUAUAUUAGUACACGAAGGAUAUGAUCCUAACAAUGAUCAUUUUGUAAAUGAAUUAAGAAACGAAUUAGUAGAAAGCUUUGAGAUAACCUCGAAUAUGGAAGAAAUAAUCUCUAGUUUCAUACUCAACCCAAAUACCCUAGAAAUGAAACUUGCAUUGUAUGAACAUAAUAAAGAAAGAGAAUUGCUCACUAUGACAUUUAAGAAGCUGCAAUUUGUAUUUUUAAUGAAAGGAAGUUUGAAUAAACUUGAAGAUGUCUGGAAUGAAUAUUUAAGAAGGAAAUACUUUUUAACUUGGAAUAGAAAUUUCCGCUAUUAUAGAGGUCAUUUAAUUAGAAAAGCGGACUCUUUGAAUAGAUUCAGAGUUAUUUCGAAUGGGUUCGAUAAAUGGUUAGACAAUAGAGAUUCAAAUAGAUCGAAAGCCUUACUUGCUGAUAAUUAUUUCAUUAAUAAUAAAUUUAUAAGCAUGAAAAAUAAAUCGAAGUCUUUGGAUAAAUUAAGAAUUACUUCAGAAAAUAAAUAUGUUACAAAUUCUAUGAAAAAAGCAUUUCAAUUAUGGAAAUUGAAUUAUUUAAGCCGCCAGUUCUGUCCUAAACGUUUUCACACAAAGAAGGAAAUGAUCAUACGUUGGAAAAACAGAUAUAAUAAUAACUCUGUUAUGAAGGAAAAAUCAAGACUCACAAAUUAUGUAUUCACUGUAUUACCAUACUAUAAAAACUGGAGUCAGUUAGCUGCAAAGAAAAUAGAAGACCAAACUAAUUUAAAUAUUUUGGAAAGAAAAUUUUUAUUAAAAAAGUUCCUUAAUAAAAUGUCAGACAUAGUUCACAAUAACUACUUAGUAAAAAAACAAGAUAUACUGGGUAAUAAAAGGUGUUUGAGAUAUUUUUUUGAGAAAAUUUGGCUAAAAAGAUUCAACCAGAGAAUAAAUCUAUAUUCUUUCCAUGCAAUUCAAGAAAAAAAAUUGAAAAGAAAGUAUACGUUGAAUUGGAUAACACAGACAAAAUUAAUGAGGCAUUCCUCAAUUCAUCUAGAGAAUUCAUAUAUUCAAAAUUCAUUUAAUAUUUGGAGAAAAAAGUAUGAGUGUGAAAAUCGACUAAAAAUAUAUCAGCAGACGCUACUCAAAAACUUUUUUGAAGUACUUGUAACUAAGUUUCGGCUGGAAUUAAAAGUAAGAGAUUUUAAAACGAAAAAAUUACUGAAAUUUUACUUUGAAAAGAUGAGAAGAAGAUAUGAAAUUUCCAAAAAUCUAAACUUGCAGGCAGCAAAUAUUGAAAAGACUAGAUCUAACAGAAAGAUGGUAAAAAGGUGGAAAUCAAAAUGCAAAAAAGUACGAACAAUGAAUGAAAAAAGCGUUUUGUUCCAAAAGUUAAGAUUUUUCACUCUUAUAAGCCAAAAAAUGAUAAAAAUUGAAAACCUUAGCGAUGUAGUUUUAAACAAAUGUGAGGUAAAUGACAGUAAAUUAAGGGAACAAUAUAUGCAAAUAUGGCUAAACAGGUUCAACUCUAAGAGAAAGUAUAAAUAUGAGUUAAUAUUACAUCAAUACAAUAAAAGAAGAAGGGCGUUGACUUUAGAUUUGUUUUUAUCACUUUGGUAUCGAAAACUAACAUUUUUUAGGGAUAAUUGUAAUUCAAAGGCCGUAUACACAAGAGAUAAUCUCUUAAAAAGACGUUCAUUUGGAUUGUUUUUAAAAAAAAUCACUAAUAUUAAUAAAUUAUAUGAGGUGGGAUCGCAAAUUAGAAAGGACAGUGUUACCUCAAGAAUGUAUUUUAAAUGGAGAGAGAAGUUAGAAUUUCUUAAUGACCUAGAAAAGAUGGCUAUUUUAAAGAGAAAUGAGAAAGAUUUAUCUCUACUUUUAAAUCAUCUAAACAUUUGGAGUAUGAAAUUACUAAAAAUUAGAAGAAAUCAAGAAAUGAUUGAAAUUUUCAGAAAUAGAUGGAGGAGGGCAACUAUUAGAGGCUUGCUACUUCUGUGGAAAAAUAGAACAGAAAACUCACCACGUAAAAAAAGGAUUGAAAGACACAAAAAUAUAAUGGAUCCAGCACACUUGGUGACACCAAUGAGAGAUCCACCUUUUGCUGAAUCUCAAACUAUUCCUGGAUCGGAAUUGAUAAAAAAUUAUAGAAUAGAAGCUGUGAAAUUCAGAUAUAGUAGGGCGAAACGAUUAGUACCCAGCCCAAUAAAGUCAUCGGUAUCUCUUGGGUCAUCGGUAAAAGAAAAAUUACAAGUUUCGGCAGCCUCAUAUAUAAAUGAACGGAUAUCACCACCUCGAUUAGCAAUAGAAAAAAUAAACAAGAAUUUAGCGUCAAAAGUUCAUGAAAUCAGGUUUGAUAAGAUUCCAAAUGUGGUGAAGCUCAAUCCAUUAGUUGAUCAUUCAGCCUUAGAAACUGAUGAAGACGAAGAUGGCGUAAUAGUAUAUGAUGAUGAUUCUCCCACAAGAAGGGUUUCAAGGGGAUUAGAUAGAUAG